AUGGAACAACCAGGAUCGUCAUCAUCGACUUUCCAACAUGGGCAAAAACGCCGAAAUGAGAAUAAGCGGACCCUUCAAGAAAUUGCACUUGUUUUCAUCGAGCGGAAUGGAAACCAGGGUAUCUGUCGCAUAGAUGAAACUAGUGGAUGCAGCUACACUCAGGCGACAUGUGACGUCGGUAAUUUCAUACGACAUUUUCGCUCACAACACGCUAAUACGGCCAAGAAGCACGGACUGACUAACCAUCCGAUUAGUAACGUCAACAAAGCAAGAGUCAUUCCCAAGCGGCCAGUUGCCAUCGAUAAGCAAUUAUUAUUGGAGUCUUUGGUCAAAUUGACCACACACAACAACCUUCCGCUGGCAUGCGUCGAGUGGGAAGGCAUGAAACAGCUCAUCGAUCCUAUCACCGCAGCUCUGGGUAUAACACUGAACAGAAGUAAACUCAAGUCUUUGAUACAUGUCACAGCUAACCGGGUUCGUGCAGAUCUAGCAGGAGAACUGAAAAACAGGCUGAUUUCACUGAAAGUCGAUUCCGCUUCCAGAUACAACAGACACGUUCUGGGAAUAAAUGUGCAAUAUGUCAUGGAUGGCAAUAUUGUAAUUCGAACGCUAGGUAUGAUAGAGGUGAAAGAACGCCAGACGGCAGCUUUCCUAAAAACGGAAAUUUUGGAGCUUCUGCAGAAAUAUGAAGUAACCGUUGACCAGAUAUUCUCCGUAACCGUUGAUAACGAACUAACACCUAAAAGUUGGGAGUUCAUUGAACAUUACAUUCAGGCUUUCGAGCAUCUGUAUAUCUGCACGAAGAAAAUGCAAGAAUGUCAUGUUUCGUUGUGUGAUUUCUAUAUAUCGUGGCUGAUGACGAUGAACAAAGUACGAAACAUGUUCGCCAAUCCUUUCGCCCAGUGACUAACCAAGGCACUGACAGAUCGCUUGGCUAUGUUAAAAACAUCGCAGGCAUUCCAAAUGGCACUCUAUAUUGACCCCCGUCUGAAUUACCUCAAUUCCAAACUUUUUAACGACGAAGAAAAGCUAUAUAUUCAGAACUGCAUCAAGGAUACGUGGAAUAGAAUUCGCAAGCUGAAACCGUCGGCUGGUUUUGCAACAGCUACAAAUAAUGAUGCGAACUGUAGUUCUCAGUUUGAUGACUUCUUAACCGAGCUUCUCGGCGGUUCUUUAUCUAAAAGCGGAAGCGGAUGUGCUGAUUCAUCGUUUGUGCAGCAACUGAAGGCGGUAGAAGCAGAACCACGUCAGGAUCAUACGUACGAUGUCUUCAAGCACUGGAUGAAACGUAAAGAAACUCACCCAGAGCUUUUCGAAGUGGCCAUGGUUGUCUUAGCCACGCCGUCAAAUCAAGUUUCGGUGGAGAGAGCAUUCAGUGCAUUGCCUUUGGUUCUGACAUCCCACAGAAUUGGAUUAGGCCAAUAUACAUUGGAGGACAUUUUAUUUUUAAAACUCAACCGGGAUAUAUUUGAGAAGGUUUGUUCUUCCAUAAAUUGGGAGGACAUGGACAUCGCAACGUAAUUUUCCAUGCCACUGACGGAUCUGAA